AUGGUAGCUGUUCCUCAUAAUAGUGAGCUAGAUUACCCAGAGAAUCAUCAAGUUCAAGUGGGUUUUAUUCAUCAAUAUCAAUAUGGUUCAGGCAUUGCUGAUUUAGUCCCAAAAGUUGGGUCUUUUGAAAAUGGCAGUUUCUCAGAAAUGGUGAAUCCCUUUGGUAACCUUAAUCUUGAAUGUGGGGUUCUUCAUCACCUAUUAGUAGAGACAAAAGAAAAUGCCCUCAUCCUCAAUUCAACCCCAUUACUAAUGGUAAAAGAAAAGAAAGAAAUGAUGAAAAAAAACAGAGAAUUGAUGCCAAUUGGAGGGGGGAAGCAAAUGGAAAAACAAGCAAAAGAGAAUUCUAUUGAUAGUGGAGGAGGAGGUCCUACUAAAGACAACAACUACAUUCAUGUGAGAGCCAAAAGAGGUCAGACUACAAACAGUGAUAGCCUCGCAGAAAGGACAGAAAGGAUCAACAAGAGAAUGAAAUUGCUUCAAGAACUUGUUCCUAGCUGCAACAAGGUACUGGACAUGGAGGGUCAAGUUCUGGACAUAUUGAGCUUUCAUCUUUCUGUUCCAACUGUAAUGUGA